AGGCUGGGGCGGGGUGGGGAUGGGGCGCCCGCGGCCGGCCGAGCGGGCAGCGCGGGAGGCGGCGGCGUGAGUGAGUGCGAGCAGGCGGCGGGAGCAGCGGCGGAGCCGACGGUCGCUCGGCGGCAGGCGCCGGUGUGAUGGGUAGGUAACAGAGAAGACGGCUUCCCUUUCUUGUCAGGCGUCAGCAUGACCGAGUGCUUCCUGCCCCCCACCAGCAGCCCCAGUGAACACCGCAGGGCAGAGCAUGGCAGCGGGCUGACCCGGACCCCCAGCUCUGAGGAGAUCAGCCCUACGAAAUUUCCUGGAUUGUACCGGACGGGUGAGCCCUCGCCUCCUCAUGACAUCCUCCACGAGCCUCCUGACAUAGUGUCGGAUGAUGAGAAAGAUCAUGGAAAGAAAAAGGGGAAAUUUAAGAAAAAGGAAAAAAGGACUGAAGGCUAUGCUGCCUUCCAGGAAGAUAGCUCUGGAGAUGAAGCCGAAAGUCCAUCCAAGAUGAAGAGAUCCAAGGGAAUCCAUGUGUUCAAGAAACCCAGCUUCUCUAAAAAGAAGGAGAAGGAUUUUAAAAUCAAAGAAAAGCCCAAAGAAGAAAAGCACAAGGAGGACAAGCAUAAGGAGAAGAAAUCUAAAGACUUGACAGCGGCUGACGUAGUUAAACAGUGGAAGGAGAAGAAGAAAAAGAAGAAGCCCAUUCAGGAGCCCGAGGCGCCUCAGGUCGAUGUCCCGAGCCUCAGACCCGUUUUUGGCGUCCCGCUGGCCGACGCGGUAGAGAGGACCAUGAUGUACGAUGGCGUCCGGUUGCCCGCUGUCUUCCGCGAGUGCAUAGACUACAUGGAGAGGCACGGCAUGAAGUGUGAGGGCGUCUACAGAGUGUCAGGAAUCAAGUCAAAGGUAGACGAGCUGAAAGCAGCCUAUGACCGGGAGGAGUCUCCCAACUUGGAAGAGUAUGAACCCAACACUGUAGCCAGUCUGCUGAAGCAGUAUCUGCGAGACCUCCCAGAGAACUUGCUAACCAAAGAGCUUAUGCCGCGCUUUGAAGAGGCCUGUGGGAGGGCCACGGAGACGGAGAAAGUGCAGGAAUUCCAGCGCUUGCUCAAGGAGCUGCCCGAGUGCAACCAGCUUCUGCUUUCCUGGCUCAUUGUGCACAUGGACCAUGUGAUUGCCAGGGAGCUGGAGACAAAGAUGAACAUCCAGAACAUCUCCAUUGUGCUCAGCCCAACCGUGCAGAUCAGCAACCGUGUCCUGUAUGUGCUCUUCACACAUGUGCAAGAGCUCUUUGGCACUGUGGUUCUAAAGCAAGUGACAAGACCUCUGCGUUGGUCCAACAUGGCGACGAUGCCCACACUGCCAGAGACCCAGGCAGGCAUCAAGGAAGAGAUCAGGAGACAGGAGUUUCUUUUGAAUUGUUUACAUCGAGAUCUGCAGGGAGGGAUAAAGGACUUAUCUAAAGAAGAAAGACUAUGGGAAGUGCAAAGGAUUCUAACUGCUCUCAAGAGGAAGCUGAGGGAAGCUAAAAGACAAGAGUGUGAGACCAAGAUUGCACAGGAGAUAGCCAGCCUUUCAAAAGAGGAUGUUUCCAAAGAAGAAAUGAAUGAAAACGAGGAAGUUAUAAACAUCCUGCUUGCCCAGGAGAAUGAGAUCCUGACUGAGCAGGAGGAGCUCCUGGCCAUGGAGCAGUUUCUGCGGCGUCAGAUCGCCUCGGAGAAGGAGGAGAUUGAACGCCUCCGUGCUGAGAUCGCGGAGAUACAGAGUCGCCAGCAGCAUGGCCGGAGUGAGACCGAGGAGUACUCCUCUGAGAGCGAGAGCGAGAGCGAGGAUGAGGAGGAGCUACAGAUCAUUCUGGAAGACUUGCAGAGGCAGAAUGAAGAGCUGGAAAUAAAGAACAACCACCUGAACCAGGCAGUGCACGAGGAGCGGGAGGCCAUCAUCGAGCUGCGCGUGCAGCUCCGCCUGCUCCAGAUGCAGAGAGCCAAAUCUGAGCAGCAGCCCCAGGAGGACGAGGAGCCCGAGAGGCGAGGGGGCACAGGCCCGCUGCCCUGUGACGGUGUCCUCGACGUCAAAGCAGCUAAGGAGCAGGUGAAGCCCUCCCCCAGCAAAGACCGGAAGGAGACGCCCAUCUGAACUGCCUGCGGUCCGUGCACCUCACUGUAACGUUCAGCCGACUGCUGCUGCCCACGCUGCCGAGGCUCUCCCAUCUCCUCUUGCACACGUCCGCCUCCUCGGCAGGCUCAGGUCCUGGGAGGGUGAAGCCGUGCUCACACCGGGGCUUACGGGGAACACACGCGUUUCCAGAUAGUGUCAGCUUAUUGGAGAAUUCAUUUUCUUUGUUAAAAGUAACUAUUUUAACCCUUGAGUGGCUUCUUUUUAAACCAAAAAUCGUCUUUCUUUGCUUUUUUUUUAAAUCACAGCAGAAUCAGGAUGUCUUGUGGAAGGGUAGGAACCAAACCAGGCCACCUCUGCACCUGCCUUGUGGACACUCGUGGUCUCGCCAGCCCAAGGGGCUCUGGCCACUGUGCUCGUGCCUUCCACGCCCUUUGGUGCAGAUUGCUCAGUGGGAGCUGCCUCAGGCUCUGACAGGGCUCCUCCACCCGCCCUGACACUUGGCUUCACGGUCAGUGCGAGCCAUCAGGAUGGCCUAGUUUGGUUGUGGACAGAGGCUACCUGUGCAGCCUGUCACCAGACUCGGCAGUGCGGGCCCAGUCACUCACUGCCACGGGUCAGCAAAGGCCUUUUAACUGAGGUGGUCAGAGGUGGCCACCUUGACCCUGAGGCACUAACACAAAGGAUGCUCAAACCAGGAACCUUUUCCACAACUGAACUUCCAGGAAAACUCCAUGGUCUCAGUUGUUUGCUUGGGCUAGGGUGUGCACACCUCCGCCAGGAUAAGCCAUGUAGAUGCUCUCCCUGCUCAUCUCCAGCAGCUGCCGAAGGGCUCCCUCUGACAAAACUGCGCAGCCGGAAAGUGACAGCUGCAGCCCAUCCCGCCUGGUUUUGCUCCUAGAUCAGGUGACUGCUCCAAGGUGACAGGGAGGCCUGGCUCUGAGGCAGCUGGCCAGAUUGGGUUGUGCUGUCUGAUGAGUGGCCCGGGGAAGGCCCCUGUGGCUCUGAAGACAAACCCCACAACCUGAAGUGAGAGGGCUCUAGUCUCUCCCCCUUCUAGUUAGUAUUUAUUUCAGCACCUGUCUGAUGCGAUUCUUUUUCUUUUAGCCUCUUCCUAUUGCACUGAUGUGACUUGUUGGCCAUUAUUUGAUUUUUGUACGGAAAAAAAGCUUUGUUAUAGAAAUCAGCAUACUAUUUUUUUAAAUCUGGAGAGAAGAUAUUAUGGUGACUGGAAAUACGGUCAAGUGUCAAAUAUAAACGUAUAAACGCCUUGCUGUGUCCUGCCAGACAUACUACAUUCAUUUUAUAUUUGCUGGCAAUAUUGAAGACUUCUUUUUGUUUGUGUAAACUCUAAUUUCUAUCAAGGUAUCAUGGGUUUUUAAAAUUAGUAUUUCAUUACAAAUGUCUCAAUGUUGGUUAACUAACUUUUGCCAGGAUUGUUACUGAUCAAGGAAAUAAAUUCAACAGCCAUUUGA